CUGUUCUGUGUUUAAGAAACCCAAAGCAAAAAUCUGCAUUCAUGAGCUUCCGCAAGCAGGAUGUCCUUCUUAAAACCGUCUCCCAAACAAGUUGCAAAACUUACUGUUCACAGUUCAUCUCUCUCCGACUUGGAGAAAGCAGGACACAUCUCCAUCAGCUUCCUGCUUACUGAAAGAUGUCAGCAGUUGGAAUAGUGUCCUCCUGUUCCUGUCUCCAUCCUGGUAUAUGGCUGCUGAAACCAGGAAUGCACAAGAUGAGCUUCUUUGGCUUACACACAGCAACCAAAUGUGCUGCCAAGGAUUGUUACGAAGUACUUGUGUUGGGUGGAGGCACAGGUGGAAUUGCCAUGAGUGCUCGGAUGAAGAGGAAAGUAGGGGCAGGAAAUGUGGCCGUUGUUGAGCCAAGUAAGACUCAUUACUAUCAGCCACUGUGGACCCUGGUUGGUGGUGGUGCAAAGCAGCUGGCAACCUCUGCUCGUUCAACAGAAAGUGUUAUGCCUAAAGGUGUUGAAUGGAUCAAAUCUCGAGUUACAGCACUGGAUCCAGAUAAGAACUGUGUCUGGCUUGAGAAUGAUAUCAAGCUAUCUUACAAGUAUCUGAUAAUUGCCCUUGGGAUUAGUCUGCAAUAUGAAAAGAUAAAAGGCUUGCCUGAGGGGUUUGAUCAUCCUAAAAUAGGUUCCAAUUAUUCAGUUCAUACGGUAGAGAAAACUUGGAAAGCUAUACAAGAGUUCAAGGAAGGAAAUGCUAUCUUCACUUUCCCAAAUACUCCAGUGAAGUGUGCAGGAGCUCCUCAGAAGAUCAUGUAUUUAUCUGAAGCCUACUGGAGGAAAACAGGAAAACGUUCCAAAGCAAACAUCAUGUUCAACACUUCACUUGGUGUUAUUUUUGGUGUUAAGAAGUAUGCUGAUGCGUUGCUUGAAAUAAUAAAGGAGAGGAAUAUUACCAUUAACUAUAAGUACAACCUGGUAGAAGUUCGAGCAGACAAGCAGGAAGCUGUGUUUGAAAACUUGGACAAACCUGGAGUGACUGAAGUUCAUCAGUAUGACAUGCUUCAUGUCACACCUCCAAUGGGGCCACCUAAUGUGCUCAUCAAUAGUCCUGUCUCAGAUGGAAGUGGCUGGGUGGAUGUAGAUAAGGAAACCCUACAACAUAAGAAGUAUCCUAAUGUAUUUGGCAUUGGAGACUGCACCAACCUUCCAACGUCAAAAACUGCAGCAGCUGUAGCUGCCCAGUCUGGUGUGCUCGAUAAAACUAUUUCGCUGGUAAUGAAGAACCAGUCACCAGCUAAAAAGUACGAUGGAUAUACCUCCUGCCCGCUGGUAACAGGCUACAACAAGGUGAUCCUAGCAGAAUUUGACUAUGAUGCUCAGCCUUUGGAGACAUUUCCCAUUGACCAGAGUAAGGAGAGAGUUACCAUGUACCACAUGAAAGCUGAUAUGAUGCCUUUUCUCUACUGGAAUGCAUUACUUAAGGGAUACUGGGGAGGACCAGCUCCUGUCAGGAAGCUCAUGCAUCUAGGCUUGAAAUAACUGCUUGGUUGCAUAGUUGAAGGAUUGGUCUCACACUGGAUGAAGGUUUAUCUUCCCUCUUGGGCCACCUCAUAGAUGGAUUUUUUUUUUUUUUAAAGCAACUGUUUGUCAUAAAUGCAUUUUUCUUCCUACGAAUUAAGCCUUCCUCUGCUCUUUUCACCGAUCUUUGUAAGCCAAGGCUUCGAACUACUUCUGUACAUGCAGGACUUUGAACUUGCACUAAGUUACUGAAAUCUUAUAGAACAACUAUUAAUUUUAAAGCUGUUUUGUAUGCAAAAUUUUCUCCCCCCCCCCCAACUGAGUUGUAUGCAUGUGAGAUCAGUGCAUGCACUGGACUCAGAACAACGCCUUGCUAGU